CCCGGUUCUACCUUUAUAGGAAAGAAUUGGAAAUUCCAAUCCUGCAAGUCUGCAACAAGAGAAGGCUGAAGAAGAAUUUAAAGAGGAAGAGAGAUUGAGAGAAAGCGCGAAGAAAAAUUUAAUGGCUCAACCGAAACAGAAGAACACACUCUACGUCGGAGGUUUAGCCGAAGAAGUGAAUGAGACAAUAUUACAUUCAGCAUUCAUACCAUUUGGUGAUAUUAAAGAUGUUAAAACUCCACUAGAUCAAGCUACUCAGAAACAUAGAUCUUUUGGCUUCGUUACUUUUUUAGAGAAAGAAGAUGCUGCUUCUGCUAUGGAUAAUAUGGAUAAUGCUGAGCUAUAUGGAAGAGUUUUAACUGUUAAUUAUGCUUUGCCUGAGAAAAUUAAAGGUGGUGAACAGGGUUGGGCUGCACAACCAAUUUGGGCAGAUGCGGACACAUGGUUUGAGCGCCAGCAACAAGAAGAGGAAAUGUUACGUGUACAGGCAGAAAAUCGUGCUGAAAUGGAAAAGGCAGAGGAAUUGCAUAGGAAGAAGUUAGCUGAUGAAAGAGAAGGGGAGAGAGACGAAGACAGUGAGAUGAAGGAUGAUCCGAUGGCAAAGGCGGAAGCAGAGGUCUUGAAUCAAAACGGCAGUUCUUAGAAUACCCACUGAUUGAGCUGUCAUUAUCGGUAGAGUGCUAUAGCUAAUCUAAGAUUUUCUGUUUACUAUCUGGUUGCUGCUAUGUCUUUACCAGAAUCAAGUUUCUAUGCUCCGUAUGUAUGAUGCUAUAACUAGAUAUCUGAUGAAAUUGUACAUUAUCAUAUGAAAACUAGAAGUGUUGCAUGUUCUGUUAGUAUGAAGUUUCUUACAGAGAAAUAUUGGAACAAUACGCGAUUUUGUAGCUUAUACUGGUGUACCAUAUGUGCGUGAUUUGAA